UAUGUAGAGCUUUCCCUACAUCAAAUCCGAAAUGGCUAACAUUUGGCUUCUCUCACUUCUCUUCCUCAUCUGUAUUCUUCUCGCUGUUUUCAACCACAAGAAGAAACAUGGGCAGUUACCGUCUCCUCCUGGCCUUCCCGUCAUCGGAAUCUUACACCAGCUCGGAGAAUUACCACAUCAGUCUUUAUGGAAACUCUCAAAGAAGUAUGGUCCUGUCAUGCAUUUGAAGCUUGGAAGAGUGCCGACAGUAAUAGUUUCUUCCGCUGAAACAGCAAGACAAGUUCUGAAAGUUCAUGACCUCCAUUGUUGUACCCGUCCAAGCUUGACAGGGCCAAGAGAGCUCUCAUACAACUAUUUGGACAUUGCUUUCUCUCCUUAUGAUGAUUACUGGAAAGAAGUAAGGAAGCUCUGUGCUCAAGAACUUUUCAGUACUAAACAAGUUCACUCGAUUCAACCAAUUAAGGACGAGGAGGUCAAGAAACUGAUCGAUUCAAUUUCCGAAUCAGCUUCUCAGAAGACUCCGGUUAACUUGAACAAGAAGUGUCUUUCUUUAACUGUAAGUGUAGUAUGCAGGGCAACGUUUGGUGUGAGUUUUGAGGGAACUGUGCUCAACAGUGACAGAUUCAAUCAAAUAGUCCGUGAGGCACUCGAGAUGUUAGGAAGCUUUUCCGCCUCAGAUUUUAUUCCGUUUGUCGGAUGGAUCAUCGACUGGUUGUCGGGUUUGCAAAGCCGGAGAGAGAGAAGCAAGCGAGAUCUCAAUUUGUUCUAUGAACAAAUGUUUGAUCUGCAUAAACAGGGAAAGAAACAAGGGAGUGAAGAUUUUGUGGACUUGCUUUUAAGGUUUGAGAAAGAAGAAGUUGUUCUUGGAAAUGAUAAGCUCACAAGAAACCAUAUCAAAGCAAUCUUGAUGGACGUUCUUCUCGCGGGAAUGGAUACUUCUGCAAUAACAAUGACAUGGGCAAUGACAGAACUUGCAAGGAAUCCACGAGUGAUGAGAAAAGUUCAAAACGAAAUCAGAACCCAAAUGGGGGAAAAAGCAAUAAUCAGCAUGGAUGAAAUAGAACAGUUCCAUUACCUGAAAAUGGUGAUCAAAGAAACAUGGAGGCUACAUCCUACAACACCUCUCCUAAUCCCAAGAGAAGUCACGUCUGAAAUUCAGAUCGACGGCUACACGAUUCCUGUCAAGACUCGACUUCAUGUGAAUGUUUGGGCUAUCGGGCGUGAUCCCGAGACCUGGAAAGACCCUGAAGCGUUUCUCCCAGAGAGGUUUAUGGAUAAUAACAUUGAUGCUAAAGGACAGGACUUUGAGCUGUUACCAUUUGGAGGCGGCCGGAGAAUCUGUCCUGCAAUUUACAUGGGGACAACAAUGGUGGAGUUUGGUCUAGCAAAUCUCUUGUAUCACUUUGACUGGAAGUUACCAGAUGGUAUGGUGGUCGAGGAUAUCGACAUAGAAGAAGCUCCUGGACUCACCGUCAACAAGAAAAACGAUCUUGUACUUGUGCCAACCAAGUAUUUAGAUCCUUGCAACUAAAAAGUUCAUCAUAAGGAGUAAAGUAAAUAAAUCUAGAUAAAACAAAAUCUCAUGUUCCUUUUGUUGUAUUGAGUAUGCUCUUCUGCAAACUCUCAUAAACAACUAAUAAUCAUAUUACUUCUAUUUUCAAAAAAUAAUAUCAGUUCAAUAUUAUCAUUUCCUAA